CAUUACAAAAUUCUAAAUGUAUAAGGACCUUGAUAUUAAUGAAUUAGAGAAGCUGAAAAAGGAGGAGGCAAUGCUUUCACUUAGAAAAGCCACGACUAAUAUGAAGGUGAGUCAUAGAUUUUCUAUUCAAAGGAACGAUUUGGAUAAUCCAACUAGGACAUAUUGGAGGAGGAAUUUAAGUAGAAAACAGUUGGUUUGGUAACGAGGGAGGAAUUUAAGAGGAAGAGAGAAAACAUAGACAGAAUUUAUGUUUAAGAUCUUUAAAAAAAAUAAGAAGAAGAAGAAAAAAAGAAAUUGGAGCUAAAGUAAAAAAGAAAGUAGGAAUAUAAAUUGAAAACAGCAUUGUUGAGUUUCGAAUCGGAAUAAUAAGAACUUUAUGAUAAGAAAAAUUAUGGGAAAGAUAGCAGCGUUGACACAUUAUAUCUUCCAGACAUGAAUCGAGAAAAAAAGAUCGAAGAACUCACUAAAAAAUUCACUGGUAUAAUUCCUUAAAUUAAUUAGUCGCUAGAAGAAUAUUAGAAAAAUAUGGAAUUGCAAAGGGAUUAACUAAUUGAUAUUAAAUUUUAGUAUUGGGAUGCAUAAACUUGUACAAGAACAUUAAGAAUCACAAAGAAGACAACCAUCAAAGAAUUUCUGGAAUUAGCGAGAAGAGAGAUUAUUAGAGACUUCGGAUUUGUAUUAUUUAUUAGCUAGAUUAUUUAGUUGACUGAAUUUAGUCCUGAUGAUUUACUUUUUGUAGCCAACACAAUGAUUUUGCCUCAUAAACUGAGUUUUCACGAUAUUAUUGCUUAUAAAGUUAAGAAUAGAUCUGGAAAGCCUAUUUUCUCAUUUGAAUAGAGGAAGGUAUUCUAAAUAUGAUUUAUUUGAUUUUUUUAGGUUCAAGCUAAAGGUUAAGAAUACGAAGUUGAAGUUGAAAAUUCAACUACUUGCAGGAUUAUCGAAAAAUUUAGGUAUGAAAAAAUCAAGCACAUCUAUCCGUGUUCUAAAUGGGAAGUUGUUGAUAUUAAUAAGUACUAAUGA